AUGCUGCCUGGGCCCGUACUACUCCUCCGCCCUGCGGUUGGGGCAGAGCGGAUCAGCUGUCAGAGGAUCCGGGAGAGAUUGCUGAGCUACGAGCGACCUCUGUCGCCUCUCUUUCUCUCUCCAGCCAAACCCUUCACCUCCAAAGUGAAGCAGAUGCGCCUGCACAAGGAAGACUUUGAGAUCCUCAAAGUGAUUGGACGAGGAGCCUUCGGAGAGGUUGCAGUUGUAAAAGUGAAAAACACUGACAAGGUGUUCGCCAUGAAGAUCCUCAACAAGUGGGAGAUGCUGAAGCGAGCCGAGACGGCCUGUUUCCGCGAGGAGCGAGAUGUGUUGGUAAAUGGGGACUGCCAGUGGAUCACCACCCUGCACUACGCCUUCCAGGACGACAACAAUUUGUACCUGGUCAUGGACUACUAUGUGGGUGGUGACCUGCUAACGCUCCUCAGCAAGUUUGAGGACCGCCUACCAGAGGACAUGGCCAAGUUCUACCUUGCUGAGAUGGUGCUGGCCAUAGACUCUGUUCACCAGCUCCACUAUGUCCACAGGGACAUUAAGCCUGACAACAUUCUGCUGGAUAUGAAUGGCCACAUCCGCCUGGCUGACUUCGGCUCCUGCCUCAAACUUAUGGAGGAUGGGACGGUCCAGUCAUCAGUGGCGGUCGGAACCCCAGACUACAUUUCCCCAGAGAUCCUCCAGGCCAUGGAAGACGGGAAAGGCAAGUACGGACCCGAGUGUGACUGGUGGUCGCUUGGCGUCUGCAUGUACGAGAUGCUGUACGGCGAGACCCCGUUCUACGCAGAAUCCCUGGUGGAAACCUACGGGAAGAUCAUGAACCACAAGGAACGAUUCCAGUUCCCACAGCAGAUAACAGACGUGUCAGAGGAUGCCAAGGACCUGAUUCGCAGGCUCAUUUGCAGUCGAGAGCACCGACUGGGCCAAAAUGGCAUUGAGGACUUUAAACAGCACCCCUUUUUUACCGGUAUUGACUGGGACAACAUCCGUAUGUGUGAAGCCCCCUAUAUCCCAGAAGUGAGCAGCCCCACAGAUACCUCCAACUUUGAUGUGGACGAUGACUGUUUAAAGAACUCGGAGACAAUGCCUCCUCCCUCUCACACUGCCUUCUCUGGCCACCACUUGCCCUUUGUGGGUUUCACCUAUACAAGUAAAUGCACACUAUCAGACCGAGGUUGCCUGCGACAACUGGUGGUGCAGCCGGGUAAGGUUGGGCAGGACCAACUGGACCUUGAUGUCCAGCGCAGCCUGGAGGACAGCCUUGCCACUGAGGCCUAUGAGAGGAGAAUACGCCAGUCCACUCAGACGGUGCAGGCGCUGCAGCACCCAACAGGUGAGGGGCCCCCCGGUGCCAACAGGGAGGUGGAGAUCCGGAGCCUGAAGAGCGAGAUCGACAUUCUAAAGAAGCAAAUCGCUGAUUCGGGCCAGCUGGAGAAGCAGCUGGAGGACGUGACGUCGGCUCGUAGGGACUUGGAGGAUUCAUCCAAACAGAUCAAGAAUAUGGAGAAACAGAUGAAGGGCAUUAUGCAGGAGAGGGACGACCUACAGAAGGACCUUUCGGAUGCCAGUGAGAAGCUAAAGUCUCAGUCAAAAGAGCUGAAGGACGCCCACAGCCAGAGGAAACUAGCCAUGCAGGAGUUUUCCGAACUCAACGAGAGGCUCACAGACCUCAGGUCUGCAAAACAACGCCUCUCUCGCCAGCUGCGUGACAAAGAGGAGGAGAUGGAGAGCCAGAGUCAGAAGGUGGAGGCUCUCCGCCUUGAGGUGCGAAAGGCUGAGAGGGCCAAGAAGGAGAUGGAGGUGCAGGCAGAAGAGCAUGUGGCAGAAGCUCAGAAAGAGAAGAAGCUGCGAGAGCGUAAUGAGCAAUACAGCAGACAGCUGGAGGAAGAGCUCGAAGGGCUUAAGUCGAAGCAGGUCGGCUCCCCCGCCGCUCCUGCUUUGGCGGACCAGACCCAGGAGGUGGGGCGCUUGCGUGGAGAAAUGGAGAAGAAAACACUCCUGUACGAGGAAGAGCUGACGCGCAGAGAGGCGCAGCACAGCACAGAGUUGAAGGCCCUGCGCAAAGAGCUGAGAGACGCCGAGAGCCAGCAGCUCACCCUGCAGAAGGAGAUCCUGAUGCUCAAAGACAAGCUGGACAAGACACGCCGGGAGAGCCAAAACGAGCGGGAAGAGUUUGAGACAGAGUACAAGCAGAAGUAUGAGAGGGAGAGAGUUCUGCUGACCGAGGAAAAUAAGAAACUGUCCAGUGAAUUGGAUAAGCUGACCAGCAUGUUUGAGAAAGUUACCAGCUCCAAUCGGCAGCUGGAGGACGAAAUGAGGGAACUGGCGGAUAAAAAGGAGAGCGUCGCCCACUGGGAGGCCCAGAUCACAGAAAUCAUCCAGUGGGUAAGUGACGAGAAGGAUGCUCGCGGUUACCUGCAGGCUUUGGCCACAAAGAUGACGGAGGAGCUGGAAGGACUACGGAACACCAGCCUGGGAGCCAGAGCCACGGACAUGCCCUGGAAAAUGCGGCGUUUUGCCAAGCUGGACAUGUCUGCACGUCUCGAGCUGCAAUCGGCUCUGGAUGCCGAGAUUAGAGCCAAGCAAGGCAUCCAGGAAGAGCUGAACAAGAUCAAGGCGGAUAACAUUUCCACUGAAUGCAAACUGCAGGAGUCGGAAGCUAAAAACCAGGACCUCCUGGCUGAGAUCGACAGGCUGAAAAAGGAGACGGAGGAGCUGCGGCUGAGAAGGGGUGUCAAGCACCAGGAUUCCCAGAAUUCCUUCCUGGCUUUUCUAAACGCCCCCACCUCAGCCCUCGACCAGUUCGAUCUGAACCCCGUAGGAUUCGCUCGCCAUCCGUUGGCCCAGCUAGCAAAGGCAGACGUGUGUAGCUUUGUGAGGGCCCGCUGUGCAUGGUUUGAGGUUUAUGCUUUCACUGGGCUAUGUGUUCGAAAACAUGGGGGUACAGUGGACUCCAUGGAUAACUUCACCCCCUCCAACACUCCUUCCAGGGAAGAUGACCCCAAGGCCCACCUCAAGUCCCGUUCACGUUCUCCCUCCAUGGCCAGCGACAUGGAGCCCAUAGAGCUGAUAGACCACCCACCCCGAACAGUUCAGACCCCCACCAUGCGCUCAGGAGGGUAUGGCAGCAUUGGACGCUCCUCGCCGAAGCCCAAAGCCCAUCAGUUUGUCGUGAAGUCCUUCAACACACCCACAAAGUGUAACCAGUGCACCUCCCUGAUGGUGGGGCUCAUUCGGCAGGGAUGUACGUGCGAAGUAUGUAACUUCUCCUGUCACGUGACCUGUGCGGACAAGGCUCCGGCUGUGUGUCCAGUUCCCCAGGACCAGACCAAGGGCCCUCUGGGAAUCGACCCCCAGAGGGGGAUUGGCACUGCGUAUGAAGGCCACGUCCGGGUGCCGAAACCAACCGGCGUGAAGAAGGGCUGGCAGAGGGCAAUGGCUGUGGUGUGCGACUUCAAACUGUUCCUGUAUGAGCUGGGAGAAGGGAAAACAACGCUACCCAGCGUAGUCGUCAGCCAAGUCAUAGACAUGAGGGAUGAGGAGUUUUCGGUCAGCUCUGUCCUGGCCUCAGAUGUUAUCCACGCCAGCCGCAAAGACAUUCCCUGUAUAUUCAGAGUCACAGCCUCCCAGUUGUCCCCCUCCAGCAGCAACAAAACCUCCAUCCUGAUCCUGGCCGACAGCGACCAGGAGAGGAACAAGUGGGUGGGCCUCCUCAACGAGCUCUACCGCAUCCUUAAGAAGAACAAGCUAAAGGAUCGCUUCGUCUACGUCCCCAAGGAGGCCUACGACAGCACCCUGCCCCUCAUCAAGACUACCCAGUCUGCUGCUAUCAUAGAUCACGAGCGUGUGGCCUUAGGCAACGAAGAAGGCGUUUUUGUCAUACAUGUCACCAAAGAUGAAAUAAUCCGGGUGGGGGACAGUAAAAAGGUCUACCACAUCGACCUGAUCCCUCAGGAGCAGCUGUUGGCCGUCAUAUCUGGCCGAAACCGCCACGUGCGCCUCAUCCCUACGCAGGCACUGGACGGCCGCGAGAUAGAGUCCCAAAAGCUGCAGGAGACGAAAGGCUGUCAGACCAUCGCCUCGGGCCUGGUCCGAAAUGGCUCCCUCACCUGCCUCUGCGUGGCCAUGAAGUCUAAAAUCAUCUGCUACGAGGUGUCAAAGAGUAAGACGCACCACCGCCGGCUGCGGGAGCUGCAGUCCCCGGGGACGGUGCAGUGGAUGGGGGUGCUCAGCGAGCGUCUUUACGUGGGCUAUCAGUCCGGCUUCAUGCGCUACAGCGUCCACGGCGACCAGCCCCCGGUCAGCCUCCUCCACAAAGACGACCACACCCUGGCCUUCAUCCCGCAGCAGAACCUGGACGCCUUCUGCGCCGUGGAGAUAUCCAGCAAAGAGCUGCUGCUCUGCUUCAGCGCCAUCGGGGUGUACGUGGACUCUCACGGCCGCCGCUCACGUCAGCAGGAGCUGAUGUGGCCAGCUGUGCCCAUCGCCGCCUGCUACAACGCCCCCUACCUGUCAGUGUACAGUGAGAACGCUGUGGAUGUGUUUGAUGUCAACACCAUGGAGUGGAUUCAGACCAUUCCUCUGAAAAAGGUGCGCCCUCUGAAUGUCGAUGGCUCUCUGAACCUGCUGGGGCUGGAAACUGUCCGCCUCAUCUACUUUAGAAACAAGAUGGCUGAGGGCGACGAGCUGGUGGUGCCGGAGACGUCGGACAACAGCAGGAAGCAGAUGGUCCGCAGCAUGAACAACAAGAGGCGCUUUUCCUUCAGGGUGCCCGAGGAGGAGCGGCUUCAGCAGAGGAGAGAGAUGCUGAGAGACCCAGAGAUGAGGAACAAGCUGAUCUCUAACCCCACCAACUUCAACCAUGUCGCCCACAUGGGACCAGGGGACGGGAUCCAGAUCCUAAAAGACCUGCCUAUGAACGUCCGUGUCCAGGAGAGCCGUGCGGGAUUCAGCGGAUCGGUCAGCAUCCCCUCCAUCACCAAGAACCGCGGCGAGCCGGGCCGCUCCAUGAGCGCCAGCAGCGGGCUGGGCAUACGCUCGUCCUCCCAGAACGGCAGCGCUCUGCGCCGGGAGCUUUCCGGAGGCAGCUACGGCUCCAAGCGGCAGGCCAUGACCUCCCCCUCCGAGAGUUCCCUGUCCUCAGGAGGAGGGAUGGACUGCGUGGAUGCUCCCCUGUCCCAGUUUGACAGAGAGGUCUAUGACUUGUGGGGCUUGAUGAAGGCAGGGGUGAGACUAAACAGAGAGCUAAUGGGGGGGAAAAGCAUGUUGUCUGUGGGCUGGGCGCUGAGUGUGAACUCUCCUCUGCAGUGGCAGGCAGUCUCACCGUCGGAGAAGACCCCCGAUCUGAAAAGGGCUUUAAGGACCCUGCUUAGUAAGAUGAAGGUAAUGUGUUCCAGCACCCGACACCAGCCAGGCCGCCGCGCCCCCCCCCCCCCCCAAAGAGCGUCACCCCGCUUCAUUCGCAUCCAGAACACGCCUGUGGUCACCGGACAUCAGCCGCCACCCCUUCCACCCCACCCCCACCCGCACCAUGUCAGCCCCAUCGCGUCGGCAGCUUCUGAUGGCUUGUUGCUUCUUUCACUGGAACCCCCCCCCCAUCAGUCCGUCAGCCAUCCCAAAGCUCAGCCAAUCGCAGAGCAUGUCUGCCUCCAUGCUGCCCCCCCCUCCCCACCGAUGGCCCGACCACAAAAUGCCACACCGAUUCGACUCCUGCUGUCGUUGUUUUCUAGAAAAGUCACAGGGACACGUCUCUGCUGCACUCUACGUUGUUAG